AAGAGCAUUAGAAUUAAACAACCUCCUUCUGCCUUUGGAAACUUUUAACUGCUUCCCGGACGGCAUAUCCCACUGGGAAGACACACAAUGUCUGCUUCCUUGAGAUUCACCCGAAGAGUAUGGAAAUCCUUCAUAGAUAACAAAGGGCAUGAUGCGCAGUGUUUUCCGAAUCUCGUUAUUCACCGCGCAGUCCCCGGAACAGUUGAUUUUUCACUGAAGAUAGAACAUUCUAACUUAAACAGAGUCGGGACCGUGCACGGCGGCCUGAUCCUGUCGCUGACUGAUACCCUUGGCUCGCUCGCUGUUGCAAGCAAAGGUCACUACAUGACCGGUGUUUCGACCGAUAUUGGUGCAUCCUUUAUACGACCUGCAGGCAGGCCAGGCGAUACCCUUCAUGCACGAGCCACACUUACUGCCAUGGGGAAAUCAUUGGCUUAUACUCGCGUCGACUUUACCAAUCCUGCAGGCGAUUUAGUGGCAUAUGGAUAUCACACGAAAUAUGUUGGGAAAUCGUCGUCUGACCCUAACAACGUGAAAUUUUCGGAAGAUGGCGAGCAAGUAAUAGAAGGGAACGACAUUGACUAAUACAGUUUCUAUUGUCACUUUGUGACCUACCAAAUGCGCGUCAAGUUUUGGAAACAACAUUCACUUUGCACAGAUGAUCUGUGACGUG